AUGACUGAAGGCACAUCAGUGACUGCACAUGUCCUCAAGAUGAUUGACUACACUGAAAAAUUGGGCCAAUUAGAAUUUGUAAUGAAUCAUGAGUUAAAUGUUGAUUUGAUCUUACAGUCAUUGCCUGAUGCAUAUUUAUAUGUCGUGUUAACGUACCACAUGAACAAAGUGGAGACUACAUUGCCCGAGUUAUUGAAUAUGCUCAAGGAUGCUGAAGCCAACCUUAAGAAGGAUAAAGGCCAAGUGCUCAGGAUUGCCCCUAAUUCCUCUAAGGCUAAGAUUAGAAAAUCUAAAUCUAAAUUCAAGAAGAGGAAGCAAGCAACCAAGCCAACUAGUGGUGUAAGCAAAAAUAAGGACAAGGCAAAGGGCAAAUGCUUCCAUUGUAACAAAUAG